UUCCAUCUUGACUCCUUUCGCGAAUAAGUAAAGUCGAGCUAUGAUUGGUGGAGAACACAAUUGGUAGGGUAUUGUUGUGAGAUCCGAUUAUUGGGGUGCCCCGGGGUAUGGUGGCUGAUUCUCGUCCAAGGAAGUCAAAAUCUAAGGGUCUGUGGACUAAGAUCAAAGAAAUAAAGGGAAAUUAGCUGUAUUAAUUCCACGAUAUUUUAUCAAGCCGGGUUGUCAAGCCUCACAGAAAUAAGGAUCAAGUCAAGUUGUAAUGGAGACCAGGAAUGCAUAAUAAUGUGAUCUGUUGCAUCAUUGUCUUUGCUGUUCUUUCUUUUGUACUGAGUUUUAUCUCAAUCAUCUUCCUGUAUAUUGGAAUGCUCCUUAAAGAACAGACAAUCGAAUGAACUUGACCUGAUUACGCUACUGAUCACGAUGUUGGCCCAAAUUCUUCGAGAUAUGUACGUAGAUCCUGAGGUACUGGCGGAGCUUCCAGAAGAACAAAAACAGAUUCUUUUUGUAAAAAUGCGGGAGGAGCAAGUACGCCGAUGGCGUUUACGAGAAGAGGAACUGGAAAAGAAAGAAGCAGUGAAUCCACCAAAACCACGUCCACAGAAAGCAAAUGCAAAACGUGUAGAAUUUUUGAUUGCUGUUGAUGGAAAUCCAUGGGUUUGGGUGCUGGGAGAAGGUGAAGAUGGCAAACAAGAUUUUGAGGCAGUGUUGAAGAAGAAGGAAUUAGAAGCUGCAGCAGAAGAUGAAAGGAAGGCAAAGGAACUUGCACAUAAAGAAAUGGAAGAGAUAAAAAGAAAGGAACUUGAGAGGCAGGAGGAAGAAAGGAAACUGAAGGAAGAAGAGGAAAGGUUGGCCAAGGAAGCGGCUGCAAGAGAAGCUGAAAGGAAAAGACUCGAAGAGGAAGCAAGACUUGCUGCUAAAAAAGCGGAGGAGCUAAGGAAGGAGGAGGAAAGGAAACGUCAAGAAGAGGAGAGAAUGAAAAGAGAAGAGGAACAGCGCAGGAGAGAGGAGGAAAGAAGGAAAAAGGAGGAGGAGGAGGAGAAAAGACAAGCUGAAGUACGAGAGAAAUGGAAGGCAGUAGAAGAAAAACGAAAAGCCGAUGAAGAAAAGAAGAGAAUUGAAUUGGAGAAAAGAAAGCAAGAGGAAGAACUUGCUCGAAAGAAAGCUGAAGAGGCCGAAAGAAAAGCUGAAGAAGAGAGAAAAGAAAGGGAAAGAGCAUUGGAGGAGGCAAGAAGACAGAGGCGCGAGCAGGAAGCGCUGGAAAAAGCUCGGAAACUGGAAGAAGAGAAACGAAGGGUGGAAGAACAACAAAAAGAAGCAGAGAAAAAACAAAGAGAAGUAAUAGAGCGCUUACAACAAAGAAAAGCAGAGAAAGAACGCCGAGAAAAAGAACUGUUGGAAAAUGAAACUAAACGAGCGCAGGAGAUUUAUGUGAGUUUGAGAAAGGUACGAGAGGCGCGAAAAAAAAAAGAGGACGAUGAAAUGAAAAAAGAGGAGGCAGCAUGGAAGGAACAACAGAAGAAAGCUGACGAUGAAGAAAACCGAAGGAGAAGCUCUGUCAGUGUCGCGCGGAGGGAAGUCUUAAGAGAGCGAGAGGAGGCGAGAAGGAUAAGCAUGAUUGAGCCUACACGUAGGAAAUCAGUUACUGCAAAACCACAGAGACCACCGCCACCCGUACCUUCAAGGCCCAGUGAUGUCAAACCUGCGGCUCCCCCCAGACCUCCUCCGCCAAGCAACACUACCCCUCUCAGGCCGAGAAGGAGCGUUAAACCCAAAACUAAAAGGAACGUUGUCGAAUGGUUUCAGCAAGAAGAACUAGCUAAGAGAAUUUGUUACGACGGCGAUCAGAUACUACCAUAUUUUCACGGGAUAAUCUCCCGGCAGGACGCUGAAAAUUUGCUGGUCAAUAAACCACCGGGGUCGUUUUUGGUUCGCGUGAGCGAGAGAGUUUGGGGUUAUACUAUCACUUAUCGUGCGCCGGAGCGCUGCAAGCAUUAUCUGGUCGACACCAGUGAAAACACUUACCAGUUUUUUGGCCAUAAUCAGAUCGCCCAUGAGACUCUCAAAGAUUUAGUGGAAUUUCAUAAACAAAGACCAAUCACUGGAUUAGGACAAGAACUUUUGAAAAUCCCUUGUGGUCAGGACCGCGAUCCCCCGGAUUACCAAGAGCUUCUUUCUCCUAUACAGAAGUGUGAUUCUUUCUCCACAAAAUUUUAAUAAUCAACCAAUCCAGAGAUGCCUGGGGAAAGCAUCCAUGUGUGAUGUAUGAAGGAGAGACAACCUGCUGUUUAACAGCCGACCAAACUUGGUGUGUUGGCGGUGAACACCUUAAACUUCUCACUACAUUUGGCUAGUGUUAGUUGAGUUUUUAUCUGCUCUGAAUUUUUACGGGGGGGGGGGUAAAAUCUAUUUUGCGUUGCGUAGCUUCGCUCUAAUUGUGUGGUCACCAUGAAAUUUACUGAAUUCGCCUUAGCUUUUCUCCAAUGAGAAAAAAAGGCUUAAGAAUUGGGGUAUAUAAACAAAGUUGAAAUGGUAAAUUGGCCACCGUAAC